GUUUUGAACUCGCUCCCUCCAAAUCCAAACCCAUUUCCCUAACCCACAUUUAUAGAUUGUUAGUUGUUGGGGAUGGGCCAUCAAAGCCCAUCUAUCUCAUCAUCAGUUCAUCGCCAUUCACCACCCCAUCACUGUAUCAUUCAAGAUUUCAUCUCUGUCAAAACCCAUCCAACGUCCAAGAUCUCUUCCCUACAUACCCAUUAUUGGCCCACUGGAUUCCGAGUGGAUGGAUAGAAUCUGCAACACACUGCGCGAGCAAAACCUCAUCUUCCUCUUACAAAACUUGCAAAAGCUCAGCCAUGGCUUCCGUCUCCUGUACUUCUACCUCCAUAAAUCUCUCCCCAACAUCCUUCAAUUCUCGCCCCCCACUCAAAUUGGGUUCCCAGUUUCUCGGUCUUCAAUCCAACUUCCGAUGGGUCUCACCCAUCGCCAUUGGACCCUCCAACGGCUCUAGAGCAACCUGCUGGUUCAACCUUAGGCAAAAUGCCGAAGGUGCAGGCAUUUAUGGCAGCCAGUCCCGAGACGACUUCAUCAGAGACGAUGUUGAGCAGUAUUUUAACUACAUGGGAAUGCUCGCUGUGGAGGGUACGUAUGACAAAAUGGAGGCUCUUUUGAGCCAAGACAUUCACCCAGUGGACAUUUUGCUGAUGCUGGCUGCCUCAGAAGGGGACAAACCAAAGCUUGAGGAGCUAUUGAAAGCUGGGGCUAAGUAUGAUGUUAAAGAUGUAGAUGGCCGAACAGCCAUUGAUAGGGCACCUAAUCAAGAAAUCAAGGAUUUUAUUCUUAAUUUUUCUGUUGAGAAGCUAUGAUUUGGUUGGUAAGUGGCUCUGUUUUGGGAUAGGCUUAGAAAGAGGUUUAAGCUUUGUAUUUCACUGCCUUGUUUUUGGAGUAUUUUGAAUGACUAGUAAUUUGGCUUUCAUUUUCUCUGAGAAUGUUGAUAAACAUCAUAGACAAGUUCAGAAAACAAGAACAUUAUCAAUUAAGCCUAAACUCCAGGGAUUAAACUU